GGCAUAUCUGGUGCGCAUGCGCAGCACCCCGGCCCGGAAACAGUGCAGGAUCAGCCAUGGCGGCUGCAGCCGAGGGUGUACUGGCUACCCGGCGUGAUGAGCCCGCUAGAGACGAUGCCGCCGUGGAGACAGCUGAGGAAGCAAAGGAACCUGCUGAAGCUGACAUCACUGAGCUCUGCCGGGACAUGUUCUCCAAAAUGGCCACUUACCUGACUGGGGAACUGACGGCCACCAGUGAAGACUAUAAGCUCCUGGAAAAUAUGAAUAAACUCACCAGCUUGAAGUAUCUUGAAAUGAAAGAUAUUGCUAUAAACAUUAGUAGGAAUUUAAAGGACUUAAACCAGAAAUAUGCUGGACUACAGCCUUAUCUGGAUCAGAUCAAUGUCAUUGAAGAGCAGGUAGCAGCUCUUGAGCAGGCAGCUUACAAGUUGGAUGCAUAUUCAAAAAAACUGGAAGCCAAGUACAAGAAGCUGGAGAAGCGAUGAGAAACUUAUUUUUAUGGGACAGAGUCUUUUUUUUUAAUGUGGAAGAAUGUCUUAUAAAACCUGAAUCCUGAGGCUGAUGAAUUGUGAAAACUCCUCAAAAGGAAACUAUGCUGGUCAUCCCAGGAACAUCUCAACGUUAGAGUAAACUGGAGGACUGUGGCUAUUCCUGAACCUUCUUUGAGGCAGAAUCCCUCAGAAUCUCACACUUACAACUCCCUACCUUUUACUUGAAUGCUUUACCAUAUUCAGGACAGAGACUCUCACAAAGUUCAGAAAACAGCUGGGCUUACCAGUAAAAUCAAAUGAGAGGACCUAUUUUCUCUGGUAGUGGUUGAUUACUACAUUAUUUUCUUAAGUGGCUGGUUUUUGAGUUACUAUGUAAAUGGCUGUUUUUUCUGUUAAUGAUGCUAAUGUGUUGUAAACAAGAUUCUAAAUUUAAAAAGGAAAACAAACUUGUUCUUUGCAGCUUAUCACCUUGUGAAUGUUGGUAACUUACUUUUCCAUAAUAUUGCAAAUAACAUAAAAUCUUAAAAUAAUUCCAAGCUGAGUCUUCUAGAUUGAGCAGAAAUGGUGAAAGGAGUAUUGAUAACUUGGCAUAUGUGAUGGGCCCCUCUUGUUUAUUUUCUGUGUGAGUCAGAUUGACAUGUGGCCAGUUUUAGAAAUGUGAUGAAAACAAAGACUAGAUGGGUAUGUGUGUUUAUGUGUUGCGUGGGGAGUUGAGGAUUGCCACUCAUAAAAUAAAGGAUUUUAUAAAAUGCC